AUGGUUUUUCAAUCGCCUGGAAGCAAGCUGGCACUAAGUCACAAGCAUGAUUGGCUGAUUCUUCAGCUUCUUGCUGUUAUGGAAGGAAUCUUGAAUUUCAUAGAACCUUUUCAUCGUUAUGUUGGGAAAGAGAUGAUGACAGAUCUUAUGUUCCCCUUCAAAGAAGAUACCAUACCUAUGUGGGCUGUUCCCAUCCUCUCUAUUCUCCUCCCCAUUCUUAUCUUUGUUGCGUUUUACUUUGCCAGAAGGGAUGCCUAUGAUUUACACCAUGCAACAUUGGGUCUCAUGUUUGCUAGCUUAAUCACUGGAGUUAUCACAGAUUCCAUUAAAGAUGCUGUUGGUAGACCGAGACCAAACUUCUUCCAACGGUGUUUCCCUGACAAAAAACCAGUGUUUGAUAAAGACACUGGUGAUGUUCUUUGCACUGGGAUUAAGGCUAUUAUAAAGGAAGGAUACAAAAGUUUUCCAAGUGGACAUACUUCAUGGUCCUUUGCUGGUCUUGGUUUUCUUUCAUGGUAUUUAUCAGGGAAAAUUAGAGUGUUUGAUCGUAGGGGUCAUAUUGGGAAACUAUGCCUAGUUUUGCUUCCUUUACUUGUUGCUGCUCUUAUUGGAGUUACUCGAGUUGAUGAUUACUGGCAUCAUUGGACUGAUGUGUUUGCUGGAGGCAUGAUAGGACUUACAGUGGCUUCAAUCUGCUAUUUGCUACUCUUUCCCUUUCCUACUAACCCACGUGGUUGGGCGCCUCAUGCAUUUUUUCAUAGGAUGGAAGAAGUUGAAUGUCCUUCCCUACGAAGUAGUCGAACUCAGCAUGUAUCAAACCUAGAUGAGAUGUCCCUGCAAAUGGUGGAAAUGGAAAAUGGGACAACAUAUAUGUGA